AAAUCGGAUAUCUGCCAUUUAAUUUCUGGGCCCUGAGACAUAGAAAUAAGCUUGUGAGUUAUUUUUUCGGACAAUAUUACUAUAUCAGUUGUCUGCUCUAGAUAUUAGUCUUUAAUCGUCGUGCGCACAUACAGAAAAUGCUAUUUGUCCGUGGUCAUUCUAUGGUUGUAACACAAGCAGUUGUUCGAAAAUGAUAAACAUAAUAAUAACGGUCCAAAAGAGUAAUUUCAAUACCAUUUCAUAUACUAAAGACGACUGUAUUUAAUUAUAUACAAUUGAUUAUCUUUAGCCUUUGGCCUCAGACAAAAUUAAACAAAUCAAGCAAUUGGAAGAAAUAAAUCGAAAAUUAACAACGAUUAAUAAUUCAAAAUCACGUCGGGUAGGAUUUUAUUUCGUGAUAAGUAUGAUUGUUUGCAACCAGACUCACAUUUCUAUAAACAGUUCUUACUAUUUUCGAUUUACUGCUGUUCUCCCAAAAAGUUGGGUAGAGGGCAGUUGUCUAAAAUGCAAUCGCUAAUGUUACUCUAUGUAGUAAAUACUAUUAAGGUUAGAUCAUAAACAAUUUAUUUUAUUAACGCCCAACGGCAAUUUACAAAGAAUAAAUGAAAAUACAUAAAUUAAGAUAAAAUGAUAACUACAAACCAAUUUUUGACAGACUUAAAACUAAUAUGAUUAUAUGCAAAGAGCGCCAAAAAAAUAGACAUAUAAAGAUAUAUUUAUAUCAUAAAUCCAUCGAAAUGUAUAUACAUCACGGUACAUAAACCUUAUACUAAAGUCUAUGAAUUAUGAUUUAGAUAUUGUGACAUAAACAUAUAAUAUGUCCAUGGGUUAGAUUAUAGUAACCGGUCUUGGUCACUACUCAAUGGUUUUGGUAUAUUUGUUACAUAGAUAUAGAUAAUAAAUAUUAUAUCUAAUUCUAUGAUUUAUUUGUAAAUGCAACAACAAAUAUUAUCAUUAUUCUGUGGUUAUUAGAUAACGUUUAAAUCAUGGCCAUAUCUGACAUUUGGCCGUGGUCCAGACUCCAGAGGUACGGAUCGUCCAAAUUGAACAAUAAUUUAUCUCGUUCUUCCGAGACAGAGUCAAGACUGAUUAAUAAUUAUGACUUACGAACAGGCUGCAUGUGAUGGUAAUCAUUUAAUAUUAUAUAUAGCUCGAGCACCUACUCGAUUUGAUAAUUGCAACAUUCAACCUCAAUUUCAUAGUACUUCUCUCAAAAUUGUGUUUUGUACAAAAUCAUAACGGGUUUGUUACUUCAAACUGAUACAUUUGGCCUUGAGCUCUUAAAACGUUAUUUUACAUAGAUGCGUGAGACAGGAUUAUAGUAUUUUGAUUAUAAAAUAAAGUUGUUCCUACGAGGAAUUAGAGUAGUAUGUAUCUGCCCUUCAUGUUUAUGUACAUUAGUAUUUAAUACUCUGUAACACUAUCCUUAAUUUUAAAUCAAUCUCAUUUAAUUAAACUAAUUGUAAAUUCAUGUAAGUCACUAUAUUUUCAGCUAACAUAGUCUAAAUGAAUGGUGUUAAAUUGAAGAUAUGAAUUAUUAAUCAUCGUUAUGAUGUGAACAAAUUUUUUUCAAAUCUAAUUUAUAUGUUACGGUCCUAGUGGAAAAAUGGUUCUUUGUAAACACUGACUGUGCAUUGUAUACAUCACACAGAAUAUUCGAGUAAUGUAAAUAAUUUUAAAUAUUUAUUUCUUAUAUAGACUAGUCAUUGUAUAUAGUGCUAUAACUGGUGUGGUUAUAUACAAUUUAUAAUAUGUCAACUAAAUGUAUAAGUUUAUUUUAUUACUUACCAAUCUAUUAUUAUUAAGAGGUAUACAACAUUGUUUUUGUUCUGAGGGAAUUAUAAUUUACUAAGCAGAUAAUCCAGAUGAAAUAUCACAAAUUUAAGUCGUAAAACUAAGAACUUCAAUCUGUAAAAAUGUAUAGAUUCUAGCUAAUAAAAUGAAAUCCAUCCCAGAAAGAAAAUUGAGUGAAGGAAAAAUAAAAAUUCUAAUUGUAGACUGAGCUUGAAGUGACUUACGAUUAAUUUUGGGAAUAACUAUGUCAGGUGUUAUAACUUUAUAAGCAAUCAAAUUUACAUUAUUAACAUGUUCACUAAUGUAUAAUUAAAAUUUGUUUACAAGAGAGAUGGAAAUUACAAAUGAAGCAUAACCAAAAAUGAACUAUAGCAUCAUUAUAGUAAAAAUCAAUUUGCAAUUUGCAAGGAAGGUAGUGAUGUACCUGACAUUCAUGGUUAUCACUCAGAAAAGUAGCUAGGCUGUUAUCCGAUCUAGGAUUUUAAGGUUGACCACCGUACUUGUGUUCAAAAGGAGACACAAGGAGAUGUAAAUGUAAUAAAUAUAUUAUUAAACAAUUUUUUGUACUUGUUACUGAUAGUAUUGACCAUAAUAUCUAGUCUAUGUACAUAACUAUCCAUGAUGUUUACUAUGACCGUUUUUCCACUUGAACCGUAACAUAUAUAUCUGUCUAUAUGAAAUUAAAAAUCUUUGGAAUUACAAUUAAAUUUUUUUUUUUUAACAGUAAUUUAAGUUAAAGAGCCAGUUUUACACUUAUUUCUAUUUCUAUAAGUUGAAAAAAUAAUUGAGUUAUUCAUUUUUAAAAUAAUCGGCAAAUACGCUAAUGCUCUGUCAAUAAGUCUAUAUCUAUAAAUAUACCUAAAGACUUGUGUCGCGCAUUAUAAUUUAUAAAUAUGUCUGCACAGUGAUAUAUUUUAAGAGAUUAAAGAAUUAAAGGAAAAGGAAAAUAAAGUGUUAUAGUGGGGACUAGGGAUUUAUAAGCAUUUAAUUUGGCACUGUCAACACGAUAUAUGGGUUAAACCUAUGAUAGGAGUGGAUGUACACAAAAAUAGUAAUAUGGAUAAAAUAAAAACAAAAAUCAUUUAUUAUUACAUGGACACAAAGGGAAAAAUUUUUUUAUCGUACUCAAAUAAAUGUUAAAUUAUAAUGUUUCUUGUAUGUUUGAAGCAUUUAUAUUAUGUUUCCUAGUAGUUUAAAUAAUUGUUUUUACUAAUCAUUAAUUUAUUUUAUAGAUCUUAAAGCUUUUGAAAGGCGACUGACCGAGGCAAUCGCUUCUAUCAAACCAAUAACUAAUCGAUGGCGCAGUAAGAUCAUUUUUGAUUUUCAUCUUUGUCAAUAAUAUAAUGUUAUUUUUAUUUUUUUUACAGCAGUUUUAGCCCUUUCAACUCUAAGCGCAUCAAUUGGUGCUUAUUACUGGCUGUCUGAUCCACAAACAGCGAAAGUGUCUUUCAUACAAUCACUGUACAACCAUUUAUUGUUCACCAUCUCAUCUAUAGUACUUAGUAAGGAAAAAUAAUUUUCUAGUUUUGGAACAUUGUUAUACAAUACUUAUUUAUUGUUUUGUUUUUUGUAAUCAGUGGCAUUACUCCUAACUGGUAUACACAAAAAAGUGAUAGGGACAUCAAUAAUCACGUCCCGCGUUAGACAAGUACUAGCAGAUUUUAAUAUGUCUUGUGACGAAUCCGGAAAACUAAUACUCAGACCGAGGCCGCAACAGAAUAUGUCAUAAGUAGUUUAUAAGGUAUAAUUUACAAUAGUUCUGUUUUGUUGGUGUAAAGUAAAGUUGUAAAGUAUAAAAAAUUUAUUUUUUUGUAUAGCUGUAUAUAUUGAUUUUUUAUUCA